UGGUCUAUCUUGGUUUAGUUAUACAAAUCUUUUACCACUAGGCUCCAUUUGGUAGGAUUUCGUUUAGACUCGGCUAUUUUGACGAGAACAUGUUAUAAUGUUUCAUCUGCCUCCUUGUCUAAUAACAGUAAUAUUGAUACAAUCUUUCCCCUGCCUAUUGUGUUGUUACAAUGUUUACACUACAAUGUUCUACAGUCAUUAACUGCAGUUAGGCUACAAUAUUCUAACGUUUCAUUUGACAGAAAGGUGGUGCGUGAUUUAUAGUAGUCCGGGUAGUAAUGGGUUUAGUUCACUAGCUUCCUAUUUUUAGCAGCUCUACGGAUGCCUGUCAUUUUGUCGCGCUGUAGCCUAAGCAACUAAUACGAUGUAACAAGCCAAUUUCUUAGGAUACAAAGGGCAUUCUUCGAUUUUAUUGUCUUAACGGUCAUUUGAUCGCUGAGGCAAAAACCUAUAUUUUUGGUGGGCCCUAGUUGAAUGUUGAUGAGGUUUCUAUAGAGGUUUUGUCGGUUUAACCGUUGAGCGGAGCAGAAGGCUACAUCCUCCUCUUUAUGAUGAUAACAUGGCUUCCUAUUCUAUAAAAUAAAAAACGACAUUUUUGUUUUGACAAACUAAUUCUCGUUUUUCUGCAUAAACCUAAUUGUGAGACUGGAAUAUUUUCCCCACCAAGGACCGAUUAUGGAAUUCCAUUACUCGUGUUUCAAGCUAACGGGCUUUCAGUUAUUUUUCUCCUGAAGGCAACGGGACUAUUUAUUCAUUUAUUGUGUGGAGCCUCUCCUACCUGAGUCGGGGAUAGUAGCAGAUAUCGAGGUUGAGAGCAUCCUCCCUUCAGACUCUGAUACCUUCUACCAGCUGAAGAGCCAGCCCAUCACUCUGAGCGUGUCCCAACCCCCCUCUGACGCGGCGUCUCCCUCCUCCGGCUCGGUGAUGACGUCCCGGGUGUUGAUGAGGCAGGAGCUGAUGCGCCAGCAGGCCAGGGACCAGGAGAGGAGAGAGGCCCAGCAGCAGGUCUCCUCGGCCCAGCUACGCACCACCGACUCCUCCCCAGCCAUCUCCGUGGCUCCAGGGCAUCCCGGGGCCAGACCUCCCCCUGCCCAGGUUCCUGUGGAGGUCCUCAAGGUUCAGACACACCUGGAAAACCCCACUUGGUAUCACAUCCAGGCCUCCCAGAGACAGCAGGUUAAACACUACCUCUCCUCCACCCUCGGGAACAAAGUGACCAAUCAGACGCUGGACGCCUCCCCCUCGCCUCAGUCCGUAUCCGCCCCCUCUCUCCAGCCUGCAGCCAGCAGCACUCCCAGCAGCCCAUUGGCUGUGCUCAGCCUGAGCUCCAACAAAGAGGAGAUGGAAGACGUGAUCGAUGACAUCAUCAGUCUUGAAUCCAGUCUUAACGAUGAGUUCUUUACGUUGAUCGAUCCUGGACUACAGGUGGCCAACACGCUGCCGGUGUCAGUGAACAUGCUGGAUGUGUACAGCAGUGGCGGGAUGGCUGUGCCUACCGUCUCCAACUCCUGUCCUGCCGACCUGCACAAUGUCAAGACUGAGUUAACCGGUACCGAGGUGGAGGUUAAAGCUAUGAUGAAGGAGCGACAGAAAAAGGACAAUCAUAAUCAGAUUGAGAGACGCAGGAGGUUCAAUAUCAACGAUCGCAUCAAGGAACUGGGAGCUCUCAUCCCCAAGUCGAGUGACCCAUCCCCCUGCUACGGAGACAGGGAGACGCGUUGGAACAAGGGCACCAUCCUGAAGGCGUCUGUGGACUACAUCAGGAGGCUGCAGAAGGAGCAGCAGAGAGCCAAGGAGGUGGAGACCAGACAGAGGAAACUGGAGCACAGCAACCGUAACCUACUGCUACGUAUACAGGAGCUUGAGAUGCAGGCCCGCCUCCACGGCCUCUCCACCCCCGCCUCUUCCUCCCAAGGCAGCUCCUCCUCACACCUAAGCCUAUCACAGUCCCUGGACCCCAGCACGGGCGACGCCCUCUCCAGGACCCUCCUCUCCCUGAGUGGUGGCCAAGGCCUCCAGGCUGCCUCCCCCUCCUUCCUGUCUCCACCCCCCUCGGCCUCUCCGGUUGGUCUGAUGACUAUGGGCAGUCCCUUGGAUCUGGACUCUCUGAGCUUCUCUGACCUGGAUGACCCGUCGGCCGCAGCCUUCCACGCCUCCCUGCUGCCGGACAUGGGUCUGGGGGACAUCCUGAUGGACGACAGGGGGCUGGGGAUGUCCUCUGUUGGGGGCAGAGACCCCCUGCUCUCCUCCGUCUCCCCAGGAGUCUCCAAGACCUCUAGUCGCAGGAGCAGCUUCAGCAUGGAGGAAGAUUUGUGACUGUUAUAAACCCUAGACCCUUACACUCUAGCCCCUACACUGCUAGGCAGGAACAGAUUCAGCAUGAAGGAAGACUUGUGACUGAUAUAAAGGGACUCUAGAUCCUAAUCCAUAGCCCUUACACCCUAGACCCUACACUGCUAGGCAGGAACAUAAUCAGCAUGGAGGAAGACCAGUGACUGGGCUGAGUCCCAAACCAACUCCUAGACCCUACACCCUAGACUAAACCCUAUACCCUUAGACAGUUAAUGUAAAUCUGAGAGAUUUGGAAAAUAGUAAUCAUGACAAAUCAUUCCAGCCAGUAGAAUCAUACCAGAGUGUUUAUAUCAAUCCCCCGUCCUUUCAGAUUUACAGGAGUGACUGGAGAGUCGUUUUUUGGGGGGAUUCAGCAGAAGAGGGGUUCAGGAUUCACUGCUUAUUGUCUUCUGGUUCUACGAAUCUUCCAACUGGGAUUUCUGGAAGAAAAAAACACGGGAAUUUUGGGAAAGUUUGAAGGGAAUUUUUUUGCAACCCUAAUUUUAGUUUGUUCUAGAAAAGAAUUUCUAGAAAGAAUUCCUGAUCCCUGUGGCGAUGACGGAAUCCAUUGCAGCACUCCAAAUAUUUUUGAUCUCCAUGCUUGUAAGAGAAAAAACAACGAAAUAGAAUAGAUCUGUGGAGCUGUUCUGUAGCAUUAAAAGAUCAACAUACAUGUAAAGAUACACGUGUCUUAGAUACCAGCCUAUUUUUUAUUUUAUUUUAUAGUUCUGUGAAUAGUAAUUAUGAUAGAGGUAGAUAUAUAGGGGGAAGGGAACAGGGAUACUGGAGUGAUGGAGGUAGAUAUGUAUAGGGGGAAGGGAACAGGGAUACUGGAGUGAUGGAGGUAGAUAUAUAUAGGGAGAAGGGGACAGGGAUACUGGAGUGAUGGAGGUAGAUAUGUAUAGGGAGAAGGGGACAGGGAUACUGGAGUGAUGGAGGUAGAUAUGUAUAGGGGGAAGGGGACAGGGAUACUGGAGUGAUGGAGGUAGAUAUGUAUAGGGAGAAGGGGACAGGGAUACUGGAGUGAUGGAGGUAGAUAUGUAUAGGGGGAAGGGAACAGGGAUACUGGAGUGAUGGAGGUAGAUAUAUAUAGGGGUAAGGUGACUAGGCAACAGGAUAUAAACAGAGUAGUGGCAGCUUGUAUGUGGGUGUGUAGAGUCAGUAUAAGUGUAUGUGCAUAUUAUGUGUUGGAGUGACAGUGUGUAGACUAAACAGGGCCUUGUGACAUUGUGCAUAGAGACUGAAAUAAAAGGGUAAACUCAAUCCGUGUAGCUAUUUAGUUAGCUAUUUAGUUAGCUAUUUCGUUAGCUAUUUAGUUAGCUAUUUAGUUAGCUAUUUAAUGUAGCUAUUUAAUGUAGCUAUUUAGUUAGCUAUUUAGUUAGCUAUUUAGUUAGCUAUUUAGUUAGCUAUUUAGUUAGCUAUUUAAUGUAGCUAUUUAAUGUAGCUAUUUAGUUAGCUAUUUAGUUAGCUAUUUAAUGUAGCUAUUUAGUCAAUCAAUCAAUCAAGUUUAUUUUAUAUAGCCCUUCGUACAUCAGCUAAUAUCUCGAAGUGCUGUACAGAAACCCAGACUAAAACCCCAAACAGCAAGCAAUGCAGGUGUAGAAGCACGGUGGCUAUUUAGUGUAGCUAUUUAGUGUAGCUAUUUAGUGUAGCUAUUUAGUGUAGCUAUUUAGUGUAGCUAUUUAGUUAGCUAUUUAGUGUAGCUAUUUAGUUAGUGUAGCUAUUUACUUAGCUAUUUAGUGUAGCUAUUUAGUGUAGCUAUUUAUUUAGUUAGCUAUUUAGUGUAGCUAUUUAUUUAGUGUAGCUAUUUAGUGUAGCUAUUUAGUUAGCUAUUUAGUGUAGCUAUAUAUUUAGUGUAGCUAUUUAGUUAGCUAUUUAGUGUAGCUAUUUAGUUAGCUAUUUAGUGUAGCUAUUUAGUGUACCUAUUUCUCAGUAGUAUAGUAUUGAUAGAAGCUGUUCCAGAGCCUGUUGGUGUCAGAUCUGAUGCACCGGUACCUCUUGCCGUGCAGUGGCAGAGAAAAAGAGUCUGUGGCUUGAAUGGUUGAGGUCUUUGAUGAUUUUCCGGGCCUUUCUUUUCAAACCGUCUGAUGUAGAGGUCCUGGAUGGCAGGGAGCUCGGUCCCAGUGAUGUACUGGGCUGUCCUCACCACCCUCUGAUAUAGAGGUCCUGGAUGGCAGGGAGCUCGGCCCCAGUGAUGUACUGGGCUGUCCUCACCACCCUCUGGUAUAGAGGUCCUGGAUGGCAGGGAGCUCGGCCCCAGUGAUGUACUGGGCUGUCCUCACCACCCUCUGUAGAGCCGUGCGAUCGAGGGCGGUGCUAUUGCCAUGCCACGUAGGGGAAGAGGUACUGUCGCGCCUUCUUCACGACUGUGCGUGUGUGUUUUGGACCAUUUUAAGUCUUUUAAUGAUUUAAAUACCGAGGAAUAUGAAGCUGUCUACCUGCUCCAGUGCCGCCCCUGUCGAUGUGGAUGGGGGGGCGUUCUUGUUUCCUGUAAUCCCACGAUCUGCUCCUUGGUCUUACUGACACUCAGGGAGAGGAUGUUGUUCCGGCACCACACUGUCAGGUCUCUGACCUCCCUGUAGGCUGACUCAUCGUUGGAGUCGUGCCCUGGCCACGCAGUCGUGGGUGAACAGGGAGUACAGGAGGGGACUAAGCACACACCCGUGUGGGUCCCCCCCCCCCAUGUUGAGAGUCAGCAUAGCGGAGAUGAUGUUGCCUACCACUCACCACCUGGGAUCGGCUCGUCAGGAAGUCCAGGAUCAAGUUGCAGAGGAAAGUGUUCAGACCCAGAGUCCUGAGCUGGGUGACAAGCCUGGAAGGGACAAUGGUGUUGAACGCAGAGCUGUAGUAAAUGAACAGGAUUCUCUCAUAGGGUGCCAUUUUAUAACGAUUAAAGUGAAGCACCUUUUAUUGGUAAACAUGUUGUAUAAUCCAGUUGAACGGUGUGUGUUGGUAUGCUAUUAAAGUGUGUCAAGAGUCACUCAGGAAAACGCGGUUGAGCAGCCAGCCGUACCGUAGGCUAAACGGUUACAAUACUGUGUUUUGUUGGCGGCAUAUUGUUCUAUAGUCCUCAAUAGCAGGACCGUUAAUAGUGGCUCUCAACUUUAUCUACAAGGUUUUAUCACUCUGUGUUCCUGCCUCUGUGUUCCUGCCUCUGUGUUCCUGCCUCUGUGUUCCUGCCUCUGUGUUCCUGCCUCUCUGUGUUCCUGCCUCUCUGUGUUCCUGCCUCUCUGUGUUCCUGCCUCUCUGUGUUCCUGCCUCUCUGUGUUCCUGCCUCUCUGUGUUCCUGCCUCUCUGUGUUCCUGCCUCUGUGUUCCUGCCUCUGUGUUCCUGCCUCUGUGUUCCUGCCUCUGUGUUCCUGCCUCUCUGUGUUCCUGCCUCUCUGUGUUCCUGCCUCUCUGUGUUCCUGCCUCUCUGUGUUCCUGCCUCUCUGUGUUCCUGCCUCUCUGUGUUCCUGCCUCUCUGUUCCUGCCUCUCUGUGUUCCUGCCUCUCUGUGUUCCUGCCUCUCUGUGUUCCUGCCUCUCUGUGUUCCUGCCUCUCUGUGUUCCUGCCUCUCUGUGUUCCUGCCUCUUUGUGUUCCUGCCUCUCUGUGUUCCUGCCUCUCUGUGUUCCUGCCUCUCUGUGUUCCUGCCUCUCUGUGUUCCUGCCUCUCUGUGUUCCUGCCUCUCUGUGUUCCUGCCUCUUUGUGUUCCUGCCUCUUUGUGUUCCUGCCUCUCUGUGUUCCUGCCUCUCUGUGUUCCUGCCUGGGUCAAUUCAGUUCAGGAAUUCAGGAAUACAAUUUUUUUUUAACUCACAGAAUGCGAUGCGACAUUUAAAAAAAAAAAAAAUGGAUUAAAGCUGCAAUAUGUCACUUUUUGGGCCACUUGACCAAAUUCACAUAGAAAUAUAGAUCUGUCAUGCUCGUUGAAAGCAAGUCUAAGAAGCGGUAGAUAUGUUCUAUGUGCACUAUUUCUAUGCUUCCUAUUCUUACAUUUAGUUUUUUGCAUCUUUUACAUUCAUUCAUACUAUGACAGAUACUUAACAUCGUUUUAUGUUUGUUUAAUUUAGUCUGUUUCCAACCUCAUAUGACGGCGUUUCACCCAUAGAGUUAGAGGACUCUUGAUAGAUAUAACCCGGAAUGACACAGAUACAGAGAUGAGUCAUCUAUCUAACUCUAUGGUUUCACCAUGGGUUCAGUCAGUCUGUUAUAUAUAUAUAAAAAACAGACUGACUGAACCCAUGGUGACACCAUAGAGUUAGAUAGAUGACUCAUCUCUGUAUCUAUAUAUAUAUAUAUAACCCACGGGCUGGAUGGUCACUGACUACUGUGCACACUUUACUCUUGUCACUUAUUUUCAUAGAAAAGCAAUAUGUAGGUGGUUGAGUAGAAUUGACUAUAGUCACUUAUUACAGCCCUGUAAGAUACAGUAUAUGGAUUAAGCAUUAGGGAAUGAUGGUGAAUAAUAUGUUUUAUAACUGACGUUUAGGUUCUGCCAUAUGCAUAUUAAAUCUGUAUUGUGUUUACUUUAUGUAUGUAUGUAUGUAUGUAAAUAGAAAUGGUAUAUAAUAACUCGAUUAUAGCAUCAUGUUCUGGAACAAUACAUUUAUUAACAAAUAUUUUCUGUGUAAUGUACACAUUAUAUGCCAUAUAUUAUGUAAAAACAUUACAUAUAUUUGGACUUAAUUAGUUUUGUUUUUUUAAUGAAAUAUAUACUUUAUUUUAAUCAUUUUCUCUUUUAAAUAUAUGUGACUCUGA